AUGGCAGAGGAGAACGAAGACGAGAUACCAGAAAACAAGAAGCUGUUCAUGUUUGGCAGCAACAACUGGGGCCAGCUGGGUCUGGGCUCCAAGCAGACGGUGCAUAAACCCACCUGUGUCAAAGCCUUAAAGUCUGAAAAAGUCCAGCAGGUGGCGUGCGGACGGAACCACACUCUGAUCAGCACCGAGCGGGGGCACGUGUACGCCUGCGGGGGGAACGGCGAGGGGCAGCUGGGGCUGGGCGACUGCGAGGAGCGGACCACCUUCCAGAGGGUGAAGUUCUUCGACUCUCUGGGACCAAUCAGGAUGCUCGCUGCGGGUUCAAACACCUCGGCCGCUCUGACAGGACUCGUGGUCCUUCUCUCUGCAGCCGACGGCGAUCUGUUCACCUUCGGGGAGCGGGACAGCGGCAAGCUGGGCCUGGGGACGGAGCAGCUGCCCGGACACAGAGUUCCUCAGAGGGUGAAGAGCAUCAAGGAGGCGGUGAAGCAGGUGGCGUGCGGCGGGGGACACACCGUGGCUCUGACCGAGGACGACGUCUACUCGUUCGGACUGGGCCAGUUCGGGCAGCUGGGUCACGGGACGUUCAUCUUCGAGUCGCGGCUGCCCCGCCCCGUGGAGCACUUCCAGAAGGGCCGGGCGCUCCGGGUGUCCUGCGGCGAGAACCACACGGCCGUGGUGACAGAGGGGGGGCUGCUGUACACCUUCGGAGACGGUCGUCAUGGCAAACUGGGCCUGGGGGAGGAGAACUUCACCAACCAGUUCAAACCCACUCUGUGUCCUCGCUUCCUGAAGUACCACGUCCAGGCGGCGGUGUGCGGAGGCUGCCACAUGGUGGUUCUGGCCCGGCCCAGAGACCCGUCUGCCCCCGACGUCCUUCUGGAGGACGAUGAUGUCACGGAGGACGUCCUGGAGAGGCCCUACGUGGAGCUGCUGGGGGACGCCGCCGUCCCGUCUCUGCAGCGGAGCCUGUCUGCCCGGGUUCGCCGCAGAGAGAGGGAACGAUCUCCGGACCAGUUUGGAACCAUGAUGGGAACGCUGCCCGCCGGCUUCCUGCCCGUCCCGCCCAGACUGCCUCCACCCGAGCUGAGCCACAGGAAGGUUCUGAAAGGGUCCAACCGACAGCCGAACACAGGCUCCGCCCCUCAGGAGCAGACGGCGUGCCGGGCCGGCAGCGUGGCGGAGAGCCUGACGGACACAGACAGCGUUAGAGGUUUGGGAGAAACCUGCGACUUCCUGAACAUGACGCAUGUGAUGAAGAUGGAUCCUGCUGAUCAAAGCCUCACUCUGUCUCCUCUGGAGAAGAGGAAGGCUCGGCCAAUCAGAGAGCAGAGUCGGAAAAAGCUCUCUGAGGGGAGGGGCUCCUCCGCCAAGCCUCCGUCUCAUCAGAGAGGCGCCGGGUCGGCUCGCCGGGAAGGACCCGCCGGGCUCCCUGAAGGCGGAGACGCUCGCUCCUCGUCAGGCCGGAAGGAGAAAACGGGUCAGAACAAAGAGAAUCUCCUGCUGGGUGUGGAGCAGAGGAGGAGAACCGAUAACAGGGAUGCUCAGAGGGGGCGUGAAGCCGGCAAAGCGACGUCCAAACGCCAGAAACCAGCGGCGGACUGGAAACGACGUCCAGAACCCGGGAAGAAAGGUUCCGGAUCCGUUAGAGCGGGAAAAGAGUCCAGAUCCAUUAGAGUUAAAGGAAAACCGUCGGCUGGUUCUUUGACGGACCUCAGUCUGACCACAGAAAGCUCUCAGCCAAUCGCUGCACAGAACAAGGGACCCAGAACCAGACCCGACCCGGAUUCUGCCAAAAGGUCCAAAAACGAGAGGAACAGGAAAGAAGCAGCAAGCAAGAAGGAAACAGGAAGGAAGGAGGCGUCGGGUCUGGGUCUGAUCGCCGGAGCCGCCGCCCUGGCAGCAGGGGGCGCCGUGUUAGUCCAACAGAUGGAUGUGGAGGAAACGAGGGACAAAGAUGAAGCUGAUGAGGAUGAGGAAGCUGAUGAGGAAGCGGAAGAGGAAGCUGAUGAGGAAGCGGAAGAGGAAGCUGAUGAUGCAGAGGAAGCUGAUGUAGCAGAGGAAGCGGAAGCUGACGAGGAACAGGAAGCUGAUGAUGCAGAGGAAGCGGAAGCUGAUGAGGAAGCGGAAGAGGAAGUUGAUGAUGCAGAGGAAGAAGAGAUAGAGACGUCUGUGUCCUCCUCAGCAGAGACUCCUCCGAAGGCGGAGCCUGGAGCCGACGGCGAGCAGAAAGGUGACCGAGCUUCGCUUCUAACCAGCAGAUCGUCUGAGAACAACCUGAGGUGUCCCCCAUCACCGGCAGCAGAGAUCAGCCAGCAGGAUGACUCCCCGGGUGGAGAAAAGACAGGAAUGGAAGCGGGGGACGCCAACGGGGACGCAGAGGUCCCCUCAGACAGCCAAUCAGGUUCCAGCAGGAAGCUGUCUCUCUUCAGGCGGCUGUCUUCGUCCAGGUCCAAGCAGACGGAUGUCCCCUCAGCAGAGGGCCUGAUGGGAGGAGCCAGAGCCCAGCAGGGGGAGGGGACUGCGAAGCGCUCUGAACCCAGAGGGCCGCGCUCCGGAGCCUGCCGCCUGCUGUAGCCCCAGAGGAGAAGCUGAGCUGCAGGACAACGUCUCCCGUCUCGUCCCGCUUCAGACGUCCAGCCGGACGAGGACGACCGCCACUGAGCCGCUAAAACAGAAAAGAGCGGAAUAUCCCUUUAACCCUUUAAAGCCUGAACCAGGAAAUAAUUGAUAGAAGAUUCUAGUUUUCCAAACUUAGAAUCCUCAUUGAACUUUCUGACAAAUGAAACGACGAUAUACAUUUUUCAUCCGUUAAAUUGCAUCAUUUAUUUGCAUCAAUUUUGAUACAUUACGCAUUUCUAUAUCAUUCAUUCUAUAUUCUAAAUCAUUUUUAUUAUGUAAGUCUGGGUUUCUAGAACAAAAACACGACUGAUGAUGCAGAGGUUUCAAAAACUCAGGUUUUAAAUGUAAUACUUUGGUUUAAAGGGUUAAACUUCCUCUAAAUCAGGCGGAGCAGCUUUUUAUGUUUGAUGUUUUCCUCUGGUACUCCUCCAUGUGUGUGUGUGUGUGUGUUUGUACCUGUCUAGCCCUCAGAGUGAGGACCAUUUCUCCCAUUUCACCAUCAGACUGAGGACCAGUUGUUGCACAAUGAGGACAUUCUGCUGUUUUGCUAAUUGUUGGGUUUAGGGCUAAAGUGUCGAUUGGUUAGGGUCAGGAUGAGGUUUGCAUUGCUAAUGGUUAGUUUUAGAG